AUGCCAGAAUAUUUUUAUUCAACAUAAAUUAAGUCUCUCUACCGAUAAUUGAAUUCUUAUGGAUUUAAGAUGAGAAGUUUAGAAAUGAACUAAAAAAUGUUUUCACAUAAGUGGUUUAUCAAAGGAAAUAUGUAUUCAAUAUCUUGUAUUUUAAAGAUCUUCACUUUAUAAAAUAGAGAGAUAAAAAAGUCGAAGUAAUGCUUAUUUAGAUAAAGACAAGGAUUAUUCUAUUGUUUUAAUGAGAGAAGAAAUGAAAUAGUUAAAAGAAGAAUUAGAAACCUUAUAAAUUCAAUAAAAUUCUAUAUUAAAAUAAAUUCGAAUUCAUUCUAUAAUAUAAACUUACAUUUGUAAAAACAUCAAAAAGAUUUGUGAAGAAUAAAAGAAAUUUAAUUUAGAAAGAGAAUAGGAAAGAAAGCUUGUUAUGUAUUUCACAUCAAUGUUUGAAAUAUUUAAAGGUUUUCAAUUUGAAAUAGCUUCUAAAAUAAUUCUAGAAUUAUAAGAUAUUGGAGGACCCUUAACUCCUUCAUUUUCUCCAAUGAUAUUUCCAUAUAAAUGA